UGUUGCGGUGUGUGUGUACAGUAUGAUUUUUUCUUUUUCUCCAUUUCAAAUCAAAAUGUUUUACAAACUUUAAAGCACCCGAGGACUUCCCUUCUUCUCCUUCCACGGUUCAUAUGACGCAUCAUACUUUCCUACGUUAGUGAUGUAUGGAAGUGAGAGCUGGACCAUAAAGAAGGCUGAUCCCUGAAGAAUUGAUGCUUUUGAAUUAUGGUGCUGGAGGAGACUCUUGAGAGUCCCAUGGACUGAAAGAAGAUCAAACCUCUCCAUUCUGAAGAAAAUCAGCCCUGAGUGCUCACUGGAAGGACAGAUCCUGAAGCUGAGGCUCCACUACUUUGGCCACCUCAUGAGAAGAGAAGACUCCCUGGAAAAGACCCUGAUGCUGGGAAAGAUGGAGGGCACAAGGAGAAGGGGACGACAGAGGACAAGAUGGUUGGACAGUGUUCUCGAAGCUACCAGCAUGAGUGACAAAACUGUGGGAGGCAGUGGAAGACAGGAGUGCCUGGCGUGCUCUGGUCCAUGGGGUCACAAAGAGUCGGACACGACUAAACGACUUAACAACAACAACAAAGACUUUCAAUGACUACUAGCCGCAGCUGCUAUGUCUACCUCCACUUUCAGAGACACUACGCUUCUGUAUACCGGUUUCUGGGAAUCACAGGCGGAAAAAGUGCUCCUGCUGCACUUUUUUUGCAGGCCUUUUUCCCGCUUGGCCACUGCGAUAACUGUUGUGGGGUGUGUGUGUGUUUGUGUGUGUACAUACAGUAUGAGUUUUCCUUUUUCUCCACUUCAAAUCAAAACGUUUUACAAACUUUAAAGCACCCGAGGACUUCCCUUCUUCUCCUUCCACGGUUCAUAUGACGCAUCAUACUUUCCUACGUAUUUUACUGUCACCAUUCACAUCAACUUUCCACUUUGACAUCCAUCAAAUAUUGUCUGCUCGGCUGAAUUUAUCUUAAAGCUGCCAGCCUCCUUCCUCUAUUCUUGUAUUUUUCUUCACCGGCUGCCCUGGGAGCAGCUAACGAUUCCGCAAUCCUGCCCUCCAUUCCCGAUCCGAAUCCGGCUCGGAUUCAUUCAAAUAAAGCACUAAACAGCCGCGCUGAAUGCUGGGGCGUGUAGUCCCGCGAGCCGGUUUUCUUAACAGCUCUCGCGAGGUCUUGGCACCGGCGGGGACGUUCCCUCCCCUCCUCCUCCUCCUUUCAGGAGCGAGCGCGAGCUCGGAGCGCGUCCUUACUUUCAAACGGACCAAUGAGCGCUCCGACUUGACUCGAACGCACCAAUGAGAGAGCGAAGGCGCAGGGAAGUUCAAAUCGCGCACCGCGGUGGGUGGAGUAUUAAUAGUCGUGGAGCGAGAGGCCGUGUCUGGUGCUGCUUGUUGCUGCUGCUGCGACGCGACGAAGCCGGGGCUCCCUUUUCGGGUAGGGGAUACCCCCGACGGUGCCCUGGAGGGACCCAAAUUGGGGGGAAUGCGUACGGGACCGCGCUGGGCCCACCUUUUAUAGGACAAGAGAGGGGCAUUUGGGGAAGAGGGAGACGCCUCUGGAAGGUUUUUAGGGGGAGGGGACGGGAGUGGAUUCUUUGCUUUUUCUCCUCCCCACCUUCUUUUCCCGCUCACUUGCUCGCUUAUCCGAACUGGGUUUUGCCCUUUCCUCCUCCCUCCGCUGUCCUUUUUCCUUUUGUGCCGCGUCUCUGGAAUCUCGAGGGCGACGUGGCGGGUGGGUGGUAGGGAUGCCUUGUGGGUGGUCCCCCAUAAGCCGCUCUGGCUCGGCUCAAGAGAAGGUUUUCUUUUUCCUUUUCUCCACCUGUUGGUGAGGCUGCUUUUUAAUGUUGUAUUUUAAUAUUGUUUUUAAGUUGUAUUCAUCCAACUUGUUUUUAUUAUUGUUUGUAAGACCUUGGCUGGGGAGGGCGGGGUAUAAAUAAUUUUUUAUUAUUAUUAGAGACGCUGGGCGAGUGAAAGUGACUCGAGCCUGAGCCGUUUAGGCAGCUGAGUCCGUCCUUUCCUGGUGGAGAAACGGGCAGGAUACCUUCUCUUUCUCUCUCGCACGUGUUCGCUUAAAGGGGAGCUGGGGCAGGAGAGGUUUAAGAAAGGGUGUAAGGAGUGUUAGAAACUGAGGUAGGAUCUACACACGUGGAAAAAUAAUCUGAAAACGCUUUUUUUAAAGCGCUUUUUAAAAAACGCAUUGAAUUUUCCAUAAGGCUCGCCAUCGCCAUCUAGCGUCACGUUGUAUGUUGCACUUGAAUCAGGCUUAAAACGGUUCACUUGCAGUUGCAAUAAUAUGAAAGCUAGGAGCUAAAGACUACCUUAAACCUAGGUUAUGGGCGCAACAAGGUAAUGUCUUGGCACACUUUUUUAAUAACAAGAAUACAAAGCUGAAAACGAAUUAACUGCAGCUAAAAUAUUAUGUUCGUUUCCCAUAUGGUCUAGUCCUUCCCUGCCCACUCCCCUAAUAUUCUUAAGAGGUUUUCUCCUCCAGUCUUCAGAGAGUAGCUGGAAGUGGGGAGGCAGAAAAAAGGUCCUCCUUUCCUUCCACUUGGCAGUUUUAAUUUGAAAUCUUAGGUGCAGUACUGUGCCCAGAGCUCAUAAUGAAAUUCCCUGUCGUAAAAUGUGCCUAGAACAAUGGGAGUUUUGAACAGGGUGCGUAAGAACAGAAGGAGGGGCACCGGUCCGGGACUUUCCUAUUAAUAAGUAAUAACCAGUAGGAUUGCAGCUCAGGGAAAUGUGAAAGUGAUCCUGAAAAUUUGAAGACUUGAGGAAGCUUGGCUUUCAAAUCCUGAAUUGGAGUGUUGAGGUCCCAACUGUAGCAAAGCUGUCCAUUCUAUUGUUAAAGCCCCAAGGGAUAACUCUUACCUGUCACUUUGUCAUUCCUUCCUUUUUCCUCCAAGGAAGGAGAAUUUGAAACUGAGUGAGUACCCAUUCUUGUUUACUCAGAAGUAAGCACCACUGAGUUUAGUGGAACUUGCUCCCAGUAAAUAGUUCCUAAGAUUCCAGCCGUAAUAACUGACACAGCAUCACAGGAAUGCUGUAGAUUUUGUAGUUAUUUCAAAUGUUUAGGGUGCCUGAAUGAAAGAGGGGGAGCAAACUUGUAUGGGGGAGUUAACUGAAGCCUAACAAAACAGGAUAUAACUUAUUCUAGGAUUGCCAUAUUUUGAAGAGCAAAAAAAGGGACACAUUUUUAACUAUGGAUUGCUAUGAUGGUUCUCAUUUUAAAUAUCCAUGAAAAAAGAGGGUGUGUCCUGGAAAAAGAGGACACAUGGCAACCCAAGUUUAUUCUCUUUCUGAUGUUAAGUGUUUUGCAGGCUCCCAAGGCUGUAAUCUGAAGGACACUGUCUUGGAGUUGAGAGCCACUGAGCUCAGUAGGACUAGCUCCUGGUCAUAUUUGAGUCUAUCCUCUUUAAGUAGACUUGCCUUAUUUGAGUUGGGUGAAGAGUAGUUCAUGUUCUUGAACAGGUGGCAAUACCUUUAACAACUCCACAGGCUUUACAAUUUUGAAAUAACAGAUAAAUGACAUAAAACAUAAACUUCCUUGGGUGCCUUGCCGGAAAAGCAAUAUAUCAAUGCCAUAAACAAAUAAACUCAAAAAUCUUUUUGCAGAUUUGAAAUCUUGCCUAUAUCGAGAUGUCUGCCAAUGAGAAUGCUGCCCGUCUCAACAGGUUCAAGAAUAAGGGAAAGGAUUCUAAUGUGAGUAAACCUGACUGUCGUUAGUUUUUUGUUUUGUUUGUGUGCCCAAAAAUGCAGUUCAGUUUUUUUAAAGGUUGCUUUUUCACCAGGAAAUGAGGAGGCGGCGGGUGGAAGUCAACGUGGAGCUGAGGAAAGCCAAAAAAGAUGAUCAGAUGCUUAAAAGGAGAAAUGUUAGCACUUUUCCUGACGAUGCCACAUCCCCUCUACAGGAGAACAACCGGAACAAUCAAGUAAGCAAUGAGUCGAGGCCCCUCUGGUUCCCUUUCUGGCUAUACGGGUGUCUUGUUUUUUUAAAAAAAAUCUUAAGAACAUAGGUAGUACCAGUGGAGACUGCCUGCUAAUAGAAUGGAAUCUCUCAGCUGAUUAUUUAUUUCAUUGUUCACCUUAAAUCUGUUCUAGAGGGUUGGGGAGAACCUCUGGGCCAGAUCUAGAAGAUAUUUGGGUAGUUGCAGGGCAAGUGGGGAUUGCUGAUUAUCUUCCUCCCGCCCUAAGCAAUUUCAUUUCAGCAACAACCUGCCAUCACUGGAUAUUACCCGUCAGGAGCUUCUUUCUACUGAGUCCACCUACCUCUGUAUUUUCUGACUUGACCAGCAGCAACUCUUCAGAUUUUCAGGCAGGAUUCUUUCCCUGAUUCCAAGGAUUAAAACUCCGAACUCUACAUUCCUUUGCUAUUUAUGCAGCAUAGAGAAAAUCAUUGGUUCUAGUAUUUGAAUAAAGAGUAGCCAGCAUGUGUGGCUUAAAUCUUCCUUUUCUUUUAGGGACAAAAUUAAUUUGAGCAUUGUCUAUAUUGGAAAACCAUCUGGAGUGUUGGAAGGAAUUCUGACUUUCUUUUUUUGUUAGGAAAGAAUAGAAAUCAGAAAUCCAGAAGGCAUACAUACAACAGCUUUCACGUGUAAUUUGUAUGUUGCCAAUGACUUUGCUCUGGGAUAUUGGUAAUUGGCAAAGAGACUUAAUGUGUAGGUGUGUAUAACUUGAAUUUUCUUUUGCAGGCCACUGUCCACUGGUCUGUCGAAGAAAUAGUUAAAGGCAUCAACAGCAGUAAUGUGGAAUGCCAGCUGCAGGCAACACAGGCUGCCAGGUAAACAUACAGAGACAUCCAUGUUCUUUGCACCUUGACUAUGGCAAGCGAAUGACUUGCAAUAAGAGCUGUGACUUCGAUUAUAAUUUGAGGUUCUGAAACUAAUAUUUACAGUGAAUUUCUGGCAUUUUACAGUUCUCAGCACGGAAGAGAGUGGGCAAGCUUUCUCUAACAUAACGUUCUUGUCUUACCUAAACAUCUUACCAUCUAGCUGCCCAGAGUGGCUGGGAAAACCCAGCCAGAUGGGCGGGGUAUAAAUAAUAAUUAAAAAAUUAUUAUUAUUUAUUUGUCAUGUCUUCUAAACAUUAAAUAGUUGGCUGCCUUGUUGGAGGAUGACCCUAACUAAAGCUAAACGGCACAAGUCUGAAUGUGAACGCACGUUGGAGGCUGUCUAAACCUCAGCUCCUUGUCUUGUAGUUCCAAAACUGGCUAACAAUAAAAGUGAUAAAGAUAAUUUAACUGCUAAAAUGUUAUGGUGCAGAUCCCUAUCUGGGGUGCUUCGGGCAAGCAUCUGUCACUGUGAUGCCUAUUAAGUCUUCUCCAGUCCAGGCUAAUGCGUUCAUAUAGCUAUGAACCAGGCUGAUGGUACAAUGUGAUUAUGAGAGGGUGUCUCUGAAAGCAUUAAUUUUGAGUCAUUGGAGCUAGGAGAUCAGUUCUGGAACUGUGCAUUCAGUCACAUCGCCUAUGGCUUGAAAAUGUCAGUUCUCAUGUAAGAAUCCCCCCCCCCCAAAAAAAACCCUGGUGUCAAAACAAUCUGCGGAUUUUGUAAUUGAAGUUGGGGUGCUUUAAGCCCAUGUGCAGGAGUUGACAGAAAAUGGCAAGUUAUUUCAUGAAACAGCACUAGACUAAUGGGCACCAUUUCUAGGUGGGGUGCUAGUUGUGCAUAGCACACAUCCGGGGCUGACUAUCUGCUUAUAAUGGAUUUGAGGACUGUCUGUAAAAUGUUGAUGAGCGAAACCAACUUGCUUUCUUCUUCCUCGCAGGAAGCUCCUAUCCCGAGAAAAGCAGCCCCCUAUAGACCAGAUAAUCAGAGCUGGCUUGAUCUCAAAGCUUGUGACCUUCUUGGGAAGAGUAGAUUGCAGCCCUAUUCAGUUUGAAUCUGCUUGGGCCUUGACCAACAUUGCCUCUGGCACAUCAGAGCAGACAAAAGCUGUCGUAGAUGGUGGAGCAAUACCUGCCUUUAUUUCCUUGCUGGCUUCCCCCCAUAUGCACAUCAGUGAGCAAGCUGUGUGGGCUUUAGGAAAUAUUGCAGGUAGGCCAAUACUACUGAGCUAUUCUGUGGAUUACUUUGUCUAUGUGUACUUUAAACGUGUAUGCAAAAUGUGGAAAUGGAUGAUACACUUGAAAUCGUGCACUUGAAACUGGAUAUGGUACCAUCAGGACACAACGUCAUCAAAGCUAGAAAUUAGGUCAUUCGUUAGUCAGAUCUAGAAAUCCCCCACAUUGCUUUCUUGGGCAUGCACUCUUAAACAAUAUUUAAAUGUUAAACAAUAUUUAGUAUUGUUUUAUUGGUUUCUAUUUGUUGCUAGUAUAGGAUAUUUUGCUUUUUAACGUUCAAUGCUUUGUUGUGUUUUUAUAUACAGUGGAACCUUGGUUCUCGAACUUAAUCAGUUCCGGGAGUCCGUUCGACUCCCGAAACAGUUUGAAAACCAAGGCGUGGCUUCCAAUUUGCUGCAGGAGCUUCCUGCACUCAAAUCGGGAGCCGCAUCGGACAUUCUGCUUCCAAAAAACGUUCGCAAAUCAGAACACUUACUUCCAAGGUUGCGGCGUUCAGGAGCUGAUUGGUUCAACAAGUAAGCCAUUCAGGAACCAAGGUACCACUGUACUGUAUGUUGUAAGCUGCCCAGAGUGGUUGGGGAAACCCAGCAAGAUGGGUGGGAUAUGAAUUUAAAAAAUUAUUAUUAUUGUUAUUAGGUGGCAAUUUCCUAUUUACAUUGAUUAAAGCGUGUCACUUUAUGGUUGAAGCUGAUAUUUUGACCAUAAAGAAAUUCUACUCCAACGGCCUUAACUUUGAGAUCUGAAAGCUGUUCAGUCAGUAACCAAGGAAACUUUUGCGUAGUUGAAUAAUUCUGUGAAAGUUUCUCAAGAAAUCCCGUGUUUAUUGACAGGAAUUGAGGUGUAGUGGGGAAGGAUGAGUGUGGAAAGCACUUGAAGGGACAGGUGGAGAAAACACUGUCCUUUUGGUCAUCCAUGCUGCUCUAUAAACUCAGGCUACGGUUGUUUAGUACGUCUUUGAUCUGGGCACUCUUCAGCGUGGGGGUGCUUAAUGCAGGGAUUCUGCAGACUGAAUUGCAGCAACCUGAAGAUAAUCUCUCUGCUGAUGUAUAGGGCCUUAUCCAAUUGUGCCAUUUUUGAUGUUGAGAAACUCCUAUAUCGUGGAAUCUGAUGGCCAGCAUCUGUUGCAUUGUGGAUUUAAUGCUUUAACUGCGCCCAAGUUGUCCUAUGCCAACACUUCCCUGUGGGUUUCUUCUGUCAACGUUUUAUUUACAAAGUACAGACUCAAAAGAAAAAAAUUCAUGGCUGUGUACAAUUUAAAUACCAUGGUGGUGUGUAUCUUAACAGUCGAUCUCAAUCUCUACUUUCAGGUGAUGGUUCUGCCUACAGAGACCUGGUCAUUAAAUAUGGUGCCCUCGAACCGCUUUUGGCUCUGCUUGCUGUACCUGAUCUCUCCUCUAUCGCUGUAAGUGUUUGAGCGUUGUGGCGGCAAUUUGGCUGCCAGGCACUUCUGUGUUAAAGCAACAGCAGCUCUAACAAAUCAACUUCGUGAUUGCUUUCAGCUUGGCUACCUGCGCAACGUAACCUGGACUCUGUCAAACCUCUGCCGUAACAAGAACCCUGCGCCGCCCAUAGAAGCUAUUGAACAGAUCCUUCCCACUUUGGUUCGCUUGCUGCACCACCAUGACCAUGAAGUCUUGGCAGAUACAUGCUGGGCUAUUUCUUACUUGACGGAUGGCUCGAAUGACAGGAUUGAAGUGGUGGUGAAAACAGGGCUCGUGCCGCAGCUGGUGAAGCUCCUGGGAUGUGGAGAAAUUCCCAUAAUGGUAAGCUGGAUACAACAAGAACAUAUGAAUGAAGGUUUGGCAGGGUUAAGAAACCCUGCUUUAUUGGGCUGAUCUGACUAGAUCGUUGCUUUUAAUCACAAGCAGCUAUCUUCAGCACAAACAGCACAUUGUUCCUUAGGAAUGCGUCCUUUUUAAUGUUAAGCUUUGCUCCAAUACGCUAUGACCUGGAAUUUUUUCAGUUAGUACAGCUGCAGUCCAAAGCCUACUUAAAAGGUAAAGGGACCCCUGACCAUUAGGUCCAGUCGUGGCUGACUCUGGGCUUGCGGCGCUCAUCUCGCUUUAUUGGCCGAGGGAGCCGGUGUACAGCUUCUGGGUCAUGUGGCCAGCAUGACUAAACCGCUUCUGGUGAACCAGAGCAGCGCAUGGAAACGCCGUUUACCUUCCCGCCAGAGCAGUACCUAUUUAUCUACUUGCACUUUGACGUGCUUUCGAACUGCUAGGUUGGCAGGAACAGGGACCGAGCAACGGGAGCUCACCCCGUCAUGGGGAUUCGAACCGCCAACCUUGUGAUUGGCAAGCCCUAGGCUCUGUGGUUUAACCCACAGCGCCACCCGUGUCCCUAAAGCCCACUUACCUAGAAGUAAAAAAAAAGUUUACUUCCCUGGGAGUAAGCCCCAUUGAAUGCAGCAGGAUUUACGUCCAACUAGACUUGGUUAGGUUGCACUUCUAAUGCACCUCUAACUACAGGGACUGUUAAGUACAGCUACACUAACUGCCAGGGCAGGGAGUGGCAAUAACACAUAAUUUAAUUUCCUCUGACUAGCACCGGGUAGGACUAAUUUUUUUUCUGUGCUUAUAAGCAUCAGCGAUAGACCAUGCUUUGUUUAACGCUUAUAAAGUGCCUAGCAUUUUCUGUGUGCUGUUAAAAUCUUGAACAAUCCCUGCCCCCUCCCAGGCUCACAAUCUUAAUAAACACAGCAGAAAAACUCAAGGAAUGGGGAGAGAGCAAGAGUUGAAGAACAUGUGUUCCUUCUGUGACUGAUGAAUGGAGCCAGGUUGUUUUCUCUCUUCCAGGGAUGCAGGGAUUGCAGCCUCCCCACAGCCUUAAGUCUCACGACUGGUGGCAGAGGCCAAAAUGUACCUCCCUUUUGUCUCUGCCGAACGUGGUGGCUGACACUCUUUAGUUCUCCUGAGUAGCGUUCGUGCUGGAUACUGGGAAAGUAGACUAUAAGUUGGCACCCAGAAUCUGGAUAAAAGGGAAAAAUCUGUAAUACAGGGCAGUUGUCCAAGCCACACAGCUUGCAUCAAUGGAUACCUCAUUCAUUCAUGGUGCAAGCACAUCGAGGAAGGCUCUGCGACAAGUUUGGGUCCCUUUCCUCACACUUUGAUAGCCAUGACGAAAGGACUCCUUUGAUUUUUUUUCCCCUCUGGGCACACCUAGGCCACUUUACAGUAUAUAAUUGGGCCCUUAGAAUUUGUAUGGCAUGGGAUCAGCCACGAUGCCCAUUCCAUGCAAGCAAUUCAUACUUUUAAAAUAAUAUAUGAAAUAAUAAAAUAAUAUACUUUAUAAAUAUUUCAGGACACACACCCCUUCCCCAAUAAUGGAUGGCUAAAAUUCCAGGCUGCCCAGCCAUCCGUACAGGUGAACGUGCUCUGGGUUGAUGCCCAUUUUUAACAAUUUGGGGCCCAGUUCGAAGAGUUCCUGGUCCUCCCUUUGCAUGGUGACAUUUUCACAGAACGCUGCCUCGAAAUGCACCCAAAGAAUGUGCCUCAUCAGGAGGAGUGCAUAAAUAUAGCAGGAGCAAGGCGCUUUAAAAAAAAAAAGCGCUGUCUCGUUUCUUGAGUGCUUUGCAUGAUACCACGUCAGAAAUGUACAACUUGUUGUUUGUGUUUUAGGCACUGAAAUAAAGAGCUGUAAUACCUAUUAUUAUUAUUAUUAUUAUUAUUAUUAUUAUUACUAUUAUUAAUUAAUAGGACCCUUAAUAUAAUAGCCAAGGGUCUGCUAAAAGCUAGAUCUAUAUACUGCACACAGUAAGAAACUCUUUCAGAAGAUCCAUUUAGGUUGGGUCCCUAGCCAGCUGGAGACUGACCGCUAUCGGUGAACACUGGAUUAGGCAGCGUCACCCUUUGAUUCCUCUCUUUAAUAGUAUGAUAUAGCUAGCUUAAUAUGUGUGGUUUAUGAAUAUGCUUCUCAAAUGGCUUUAAACCAUUCCCCCCCAGACGCCUUCAUUAAGAGCCAUAGGGAACAUUGUCACGGGGACUGAUGAACAGACACAGAUUGUAAUAGAUUCGGGAGCACUCGCUGUCUUCCCCAGCCUGCUUACUCACCACAAAAACAACAUCCAGAAAGAAGCAGCCUGGACCAUGUCUAACAUCACUGCCGGACGGCAGGACCAAAUCCAGAAGGUUGUGGACCACGGGCUUGUCCAGUAUCUCGUUGGCAUCUUGACAAAGGUAAAAAAAGGAACCUAAACCUAAUCCCCCCCCCCCAAUGUGCCAUUUCUGCCGCAGACGAACACUGCUUUUUAAAACUUUUAAGACCAAUAUUUUUGUUGCCAAUAUGUUUGGAUCAGUUAGAUCCCAGAGAUUUGGGCUGAGGUUUGGAAAGCACACGGAGCUUAAAAGAAGUAACAGGAAAGAGCAUCACUCUCUCAACUUCCUCCUUUUAGCCCUAUGUAUUUUUCAAGAAAGAAAAAUGAUAAGUUCUGCGGGGGCUCUAUCUUCAUGGGCACAAGGUGAAGGUUGCAAGAGUACCAUUUUAUUCAUGGGCACCAGGUUGGUUGACCUCCGGCUUAGGGUAAAACAAAAAAAGGAAGGCCCUCUUGGGACACAGUAAAGUAUAUAAAAAAAUACCGUUGCUUUAAUACUGCGUUUUUUAAAGAAAACUUUGCUCAAGCGCAUUCAUUGGCCGCAUUUAACACAUUCAACUAUAGUAACAUUCAUGAACUGGAACGAGCCCAAGCAACUCUUCACAACCAUCAAUGUGGUUUUUAAAAAAAAAUAUUAUUAGAAAGCACUUUGAAGGGCUGAACAGAAGCUGUAACAAUUAGCUAUAAACGGUUUCGUUGACUUUCGUAAGCACCUCUCCAGGUAUUUUUUCCUGAGUUUUUCAACGUGAAGUAUCUUGUGACCAAACCUCCCUUUGACUUCUUCCUGACCAUCAUUGCUAGCUCUAUGUAAUAAUACUCUUGUGUGUAUUAAAACAGGGAGACUUCAAAUCUCAAAAAGAAGCGGUGUGGGCUGUGACCAACUUCACAAGUGGUGGAACCAUUGGCCAGAUCAUAUACCUUGUUCAGGCUGGUGUGGUGGAACCACUGUUGAACCUGCUGGUGGUUAAGGAUAGCAAAACCAUCCUAGUGAUCCUGGAUGCCAUUAAUAAUAUUUUUGCGGUAAGUUGACCCAAAGAAGCCUGGAGGCCGGUUCCAAAUGCUCAGUACUGUUAAAAGUGAAGGAGCAUCGUUUAAAGAAGAUUGGAAAAUGUUUGUUGAAUAUAGGGGGGGGAUUGUGUACGCUUGAAAACGUUGGCAGCAUUAAGAUAAAUUUAACAGUGUAAAUAAGUUUUAAUGGAAGUAAUUAUGGAAUACUGAAUGUAAAAUAUGCAGUGAUUUAUGUUAUGCAAAAUGAACCAUGGAAAGAGAAGGUAAGUCAUUGAUAUUUUAAGGUUGUUUAAAUGAAUAUUCUAAAUUGUUAUAUAUACACACACACACACACACACACAUAUACAUAUACGCACACACACACAGUGCUUUUUUCUUUUAAAAUGUUUAGGGAUACUCUCAUUUUGUCACAAUAAAAACCACCAUUUUAUAGUUCAAAUUGUGAAAAAUAAAUACAGUAAGUGGACAAAAAUGUUUAGGGGUCUGCGUACCCCUGCGUCCCCCCAUAAAAAGCACUCUGUGAGUGUGAAGGAACAUUGGCCAACAGAAGCUGCAGGUCUCAAGUUAUUUCACCUGCGUGAAAUCUCAAUUUGCCUACUCAAAGGAACUGCCUCAACAGUAUCCCGCAGUAUUGGGCAAUUGCUUCUAACUGUUACAGCAUGGAAGCCCAUGAUGGUUAAAGUUGCACCAGCGCCUCUGCUUAUGGUCGUAUAGUCAUACACAGUAUUUUCCAUAACUGCCGUUAUCUGUACUAUAAUGCUUUGAAUCGAGGAUGGGGUUUGCAGAUGGAUCGAUAACGGUGCUACCAAAUGUUACGUAUUCUUUCGACAGGCAGCUGAGAAGAUAGGCGAGACCGAGAAGCUUUGCCUCAUGGUUGAGGAGUAUGGUGGCUUGGAUAAGAUUGAAGCUCUACAGUCCCAUGAAAACGAGCAGGUGUACAAGUCUGCGGCAAACCUGAUUGAAAAGUAUUUCUCGGCAGAGGUGAGCAAGCUCUGAGCUGGCCAAGUGGCAGUUGCAGUGUUGUGAAACAGCGGCAGUUGUACCAUAUAAGAGAUCCCAUCGUACUGAUCAGGGGUUAAAGCGUGUUCUGAUAGCUGUCAGUAAGCGGAUGGCGCUGUGGUCUAAACCAUUGAGCCUCUUAAGCUUGCUGAUUGGAAGGUCGGCGGUUCGAAUCCCGGGUGAGCUCCCAUUGCUCUGUCCCUGCUCCUGCACCUAGCAGUUUGAAAGCACGCCAGUGCAAGUAGAUAAAUAGGUAUCACUGUGGCAGGAAGGUAAACGGCAUUUCCGUGCGCUCUGUUUUCCGUCAUGAUGUUCUGUUGUGCCAGAAGCGGUUUAGUCAUGCUGACCACAUGACCUAGAAAGCUGUCUGUGGACAAACGCCGGCUCCCUCGGCCUGAAAAGCAAGAUGAGCGCUGCAACCCCAUAGUCGCCUUUGACUAGACUGUUUUUACUUUUACUACUGUAGGGUUUUAGCUGGUUGUUAAAUUGUUGCACUGUAAAUAAAAAGCAAAAAAAAGCUAUUGGGUGGCAAAGAGGAGGAAUGGUCGUGCCAGAUGUACAAAGUCCAUCUUGUACCUUUUUUUAAAAAAGGUUUGUAUGUGCCAGCUAACGGACACACUGACCUUGCUCCUAACUGGCUCCAGCCAUCUUAUUGGUUGCUGUAUCUGCACACUGAUUAUUAUACUUAAAAGUUUCUUCUGCUUGUUUAGGAAGGAGAAGAUGAGAGUGUCGUCCCGGAAUCCAGCACCGAUGCAUACAAUUUCCAGAUUCAGGACACUUCCAACGCGUUCAACUUCUAGCUGUUCCGUGUGACACAGCAUUCAACCUCUCUAAUCUGUCUUGUCUGUCUCCUUCAUCUUGUUUUUACUGCCUUUCUUUUUUUUACGUGAAAUGUGAAGUAGCACUUUGUUACAACUGAAAUGUACUUGAACAGUUCAUGGCAGGGUGUUUAUGCUUUGUGAACUGGCCAACUGUCUUCCUCUCCUCUACCUGUUUUUUUGUAUAAUUGUAAAUUCUUCAGUUCUGUUUCUUUGAACUAACCUUCAGCAGCAAAGGACUUGCUGGAAUUUAGGCUGCUCCAUAUGUUAUUUGGAAAACUUUAAAAACAGCAUGUGGGCUCUGGACUUCCUGAUAACCUCCCUAGCCUGCUAAACACACAUGCACCCAGAGCACAAGGGAUGUGGUCAUAUCCUGGCAACAUAGCCAUCUCAAUGGAGUUUGUGCUUCAUUGGCUUUCAGGGCAAAGCCUUCCAAAUACUUUUUAAAGAGUUCUUGUUCAAACUUAAUAAACUGGUAUCUGCAUAUAAGCAAA